UUUAAAAAAAAAAAAGGAGAAAGCGAGAGAGACCCCUUAACUUGGAGCAGGCAGAAUCUCAGCAGCCAAAGGGAGGCAGGAAAAAGAAGACGGGAGAGAGAGAGAGAAAGAGGCAAGAGACGUCUGGAAAAUAUUAUCCACCCGCUACUUCCAACUGCUGAGGCUGCUUGCUGCUGCUACGCCGCCGCCGCCGCCGCCGAGCCUGAGAUAGAAGUUCCAUUCAGCCCGGACCAAAGAGAGAGAGUGAGACUUUUUCCCCCCUUCCUUCUUUUGCCUGUUGAUGCUGCACCGCCUUCAACUUUUCUUAGCAACUUCUGCGGCGGGCGCCUGGACUCUCCAACCGCCAGGAACAAGCCCACCGUCUCCAUCUCUCUGGAAGCCAGCUUUAAGAAAAAAAUAAGGAAGGGGCAAGGAAAUUUGGAGAAAAAGGCCAGAAACUUGAUUUUUUUUUAGGGAACUGGGAUCCAGGUGGGGGAGAAAAGAUCCCCCUUCUGCUCCCUGUUUUCUUCCCCAUGGUUUGCAGGCCGUUGGGAUCCAGCCCCUCCAAACACCUUCCCGAAAGCGUGAUUUGAUCUAUUACCUCAAUCUGGGGGGAGAGGGCUUCCAGGUCUCCGCACCGCGCCGACGGCCUCUUUGUAGAUCUUGGAUGAGCAGAGAAGAACUGCAAGAUGCAUUGCGAGAGGUUUCUAUGUAUCUUGAGAAUACUUGGAACCACACUCUUUGGGGUGUCCCUCCUGCUUGGGAUCUCCGCUGCUUACAUUGUUGGCUACCAGUUUAUCCAAACGGACAACUAUUACUUCUCCUUUGGACUCUACGGCGCCAUUCUGGCAUCGCACCUCAUCAUCCAAAGCCUGUUUGCCUUCCUCGAACACAGGAAAAUGAAACGGUCUCUUGAGACGCCAAUCAAGCUGAACAAAACUGUUGCCCUUUGCAUUGCUGCCUACCAGGAGGACCCCAACUACUUAAGGAAAUGUUUACUUUCCGUGAAAAGGCUCACCUACCCUGGAAUUAAGGUGAUUAUGGUCAUCGAUGGGAAUUCUGAAGAUGACGUUUACAUGAUGGACAUUUUUAGCGAAAUCAUGGGCAGGGAUAAGUCUGCUACUUACGUCUGGAGGAAUAACUUCCACCAGAGAGGCCCGGAGGAGACGGAAGAGUCACAUAAGGAGAGCAUGCAGCACGUCACUCAGCUGGUCCUGUCCAACAAAAGUGUCUGCAUCAUGCAAAAAUGGGGCGGGAAAAGAGAAGUGAUGUACACAGCGUUCAAAGCACUGGGGAGAAGCGUGGAUUAUGUGCAGGUUUGCGACUCUGAUACAAUGCUUGAUCCAGCUUCAUCGGUAGAAAUGGUCAAAGUUUUAGAAGAAGAUCCAAUGGUUGGAGGCGUUGGGGGAGAUGUGCAGAUUUUGAACAAGUACGACUCGUGGAUCUCCUUUCUCAGCAGCGUUCGAUACUGGAUGGCGUUUAACAUCGAGAGGGCCUGCCAGUCCUACUUUGGCUGUGUGCAGUGCAUCAGCGGGCCCUUGGGGAUGUACAGGAACGCCUUGCUCCAUGAAUUUGUGGAAGACUGGUACAAUCAAGAAUUCAUGGGAUCUCAGUGCAGCUUUGGAGACGACCGUCAUCUCACCAACCGAGUCCUGAGCCUUGGCUAUGCAACGAAAUACACGGCUCGGUCCAAGUGCCUUACCGAAACGCCCAUCGAAUAUCUCAGGUGGUUGAACCAACAGACCCGCUGGAGCAAGUCCUACUUCCGAGAGUGGCUAUACAAUGCAAUGUGGUUCCACAAGCAUCACUUGUGGAUGACUUACGAGGCUGUCAUCACUGGCUUCUUCCCAUUCUUCCUCAUUGCCACUGUCAUCCAGCUUUUCUACCGGGGGAAGCUGUGGAACAUCCUCCUUUUCUUGUUGACAGUCCAGCUGGUGGGCCUUAUCAAGUCUUCCUUUGCCAGCUGCCUUAGAGGGAACAUUGUCAUGGUUUUCAUGUCUCUCUACUCAGUGUUGUACAUGUCCAGUUUACUGCCGGCAAAGAUGUUUGCCAUCGCCACCAUAAACAAAGCAGGCUGGGGCACGUCGGGCCGGAAAACCAUCGUGGUCAACUUCAUAGGACUCAUCCCGGUCUCCAUUUGGUUUACAAUCCUCUUGGGCGGCGUCAUUUUUACGAUAUACAAGGAAUCCAAAAAGCCAUUCACUGAAUCGAAACAGACCGUGCUAAUCAUUGGUACGAUACUUUACGCCUGCUAUUGGGUGAUGCUCUUGACUUUGUACUUGGUCCUCAUCACCAAAUGCGGAAGGAGGAAGAAGGAACAACAGUACGACAUGGUGCUUGAUGUAUGAUUCAACCACUGUGCCUCCCUUAACCCCAUUGUUUUUAUUUUCUUCUUUUGCUGCCCAUGGAAUCUUUCUUGUCACACGACGAACCUUCUAGCGUUUGUGGUACUUGAGAUCAUCAAGGGAAAAGGAUCACUGCUGCUGGGACUUGAACAUGAACGAAUUCAUGACCAUGCCAAAGCAAUAAUAAUAAUAAUAAUUAAAUGUGAUUGUGCCUUUUUGUCGGGAAAGGGUGGGGGAGGGGGGAGAAGAAAAUCACACGGAUUCAACCCAUUCCUGUGGGUCGUCUCCCAACGAUGCACUUUCUUCUGUUGUGCGUACGCCCAAAAGUGUUAACGUCCUAUAUACCUCAUUGGCCACGCUCAUGUGGGCGGACAUGGAAGAAAGGGAGAUUUGGAGACACAAGCAAAGGAUCUGGUAACCCAUUUUAGGAACUGCAACCUAAUUUAUGAACCUUCUUGUUGUUCUGUGACCUUUUUUUUCUAGGAAGGUGUGUGUGUGUGUGUGUGUGUGUGUGUGUGUGUGUGUGUUAGGCUGCAAACUGUAAUUCCAAAGUCAAGUUUUUAUAAGGGUUUUGAUGACCAAGGGUUUGUAUUUUUAUAUAAUUGUAAUUAUUUGUCUCUGUUUACUUUUUACACCAGUCUUUUUUUUAAAAAAAACAAAUAAAUAAAAACCUCGUAUUUUAUAUUUCUGCCAAAAAGUACACUAUUUUCACCCCUCCCCGCCACUCUUACAGUCUCUCUCGCUUUCCCCCCUCUAAAUAGGCUUUGAAAAACUCCUCCUUAAAAAAAAGAAAGAAAAAGACUUGCCCACAAUGUGAAAAUGGUUUGCUGAUUUGAGUUUUCCCCCCUCCCUCUAUUGAAAGAAGAAUUUUUUAAAAGUCUCUGUAUUUUUAAACUGAUGAAUGUUUAUUUCUGUGAAAGUAUUUAAAUGUGUGCUUUUGACUUUAUUUGAGGGGUGGAAGGGAAAAUUAACAUCAUUGUCAAUUUUUGGAGGCAAAAUCUUUGUGCGCGCAAGGAAUAGCACAAUCCCCAGGAUAUUCUCCUGCUUGAACCCCCAUUGAAAUCAAUGGGAGCUGCGUUAAGUGAUCACAAACAGCUUCAGUGGCACCAUUUGGGCAGAUGUCCAGUGCCCCACAUAGCAGAAUGAUUAGAGUGAGAGGACAAAAACACCAGGUUUGACUUAACCAAAUAUUGACGUCGCAAUGAGACCGUUAAAUCCAGAGCCCAAAAUUCCACCUCCGGUUCUGCACAGCUCCCACCAAUUUCAGUGCGAAUUGCGGAGGAGAACUUUCUGCGGGAUUGGGCCCACAAAGGCCAAUGGGAUAGAUACGUGCAAUCUUUUUCUCCUCCCCAUAAAAUUUUUCUAAGAGGAAACUUAUAACCCUCUGCCAGAUGAUACAUAGGCAUUAAAAGCAGUCUUCCAUCCCACUACCUGGGUGCCGAAUGCUAUAUAUAUGAAAACAUAGUGUUGUCGGAGUGAAACUCUUGGUUUCCAGUUUAGAAAAUAUGUAAAGAUGAGUGAAAUCCUAGUCGCAUAUCUUGGUUUGUUCAAAUUGAGUUAUGCCAACCCAGUGAGAAAAUCCUUUCCAGUCUAGAAUGGAAGCUGUUGGCAGUUCAUUAGCUUCCAGAGAAAACUAUUGGGAUAGGUCCUGUCUAAAGCAAAGCUUUAGUCCCAUUGAAAUCAAUGGGAUUUAUGUGAACCUUGACUUAACUUGUCCAAAUUGAUUUCAAUGAGCUAAAGCAUGAGUAACAUAUAGCAGAAUCCCAUACAUAUCAACUCAGAAUUACCAUAUUUUUCCGGGUAUAAGACUAGGUUUCCCCCCUAAGAAAUAAUAUAAAAUAUUAGGGGGCGUCUUAUACACUGAUAGUACCAAAGGGUGGACUUUUCUUAAAUCUGAGUCCCCCAAAAUAGGGGGCAUCUUAUACAUGGGGGCGUCUUAUAGACGGAAAAAUAAGGAAAGUCCCACUGACUUCAGUGGGGUUUAUUCCCAGGUGAAUGUGUAUUAGAUUACAUCUUAAAUCUGGAUCCAACCUAAUGGAAGAAUAACACGAAUCUCUACACCUCUGUGCUGUAGGAAUUCCUUCCAUCCCCAAUGAUGUACCCAUCAAAGUUUUUAUUAUUAUUAUUAUUAUUAUAAGAAUGCCUAAAAAUACAUUUUUUAAAAAGAGGAAAAUAUGGGCCCCAAUUCCUGCAUAGGCAAAUUAAUGUAAUAUUAAUCCCUAAGAAUAUUUUUUAAAAAGCGGAAGAGUAUCAACAACAUACUGAUCUAUAUUUUAUUCUUAUUUUUUUUUACAUGGACCAUCACUCUGGUAGAAUGGAAGCUCAUCUGGUUGUUUUGGGGGAUAUAUGGUUGUCUUCCUUAAAAUGCAGAUAUGACUUUGAUUUUUCUGCUGUGGAAUGUGUAACACCCAUACUACCUUGUCUGAUGAUACAGAGAUCAUGUUUGCUCGCAAAAUUUGCCUUAAUUUGCUUACAACUGGGGGAGAAAAUCGAUCCUUUUUGGUGACCAAAUGGAUCAGUAUUAAAUUUUCUUUUUUUAAAAAAACAACAACCAUGCAAAUGACACAAAUGGGGAAAAAAGAAAAGAAACUUGACUUUUGCCUUUUAACUAUUUAUAUUGUAUAAGUUAAAGCUUUGGGGUAACAACGUUCAAGUGUCAAAUAAAAAUCCUCUCAUUCUUUAAAGGAUUGAAAUAAUUGCCUGUAUUUAUUCUAGCAAUUAUUCAAUGCAUUUCAAGUAUAGGUUGUUUAGUACAAUUGUUACUUUAAUAAAUAAAAUAUUUUUGAUA